AGUGAACUGCGAAAAAUUUAUGUUACCAACAAACGUGGUAUAAUAAACUCGAAAGGUCCGCUAACCUUUGGCUGCUUCAUCACCCAGUUCGAUUCAGAUCGUUAUGUUUUUCAAUAUGUAAUUUCGAAUGUCGGUCCUAUACCAAAGCAUUGAGUGUCACGCCGCUGCUUGAGCAUAUAUCCAUCCGCAUCACGCCAAGCUCGGACAUGAGCAUGUACCUGCCUUCCACUACGACAACAGUAAAAAGCGUCGACCCGGUUGCAUACCACCACCGACUUACCCGUCCUAAUUUGCUUUGUUGGACAUUGUAGAACCAUAUUUCAGCCAUUGUAUUUUCUUUAUAUUUUAUUUCGGUAUAUUUCUGAAUUAAGGUAUCGAUUAAAUGAAUCGGGAUUGUGAUACUGUGAGUGAAUUGAAGUCCUGGCUACGAACCUUGCCCCUGCUAGUGCACAAGGGUUAAUAAGGCACUUCAACAGAGCGAGGAUCCCAAAAUAGGUACUUUUGCAAGCCGCUUGGAAGAUGCUCGUCAGAAUCGUGACUCAGACGAUGCUAGAAUGCAACCAUCUGCAUGUAAACACACAGGUCGGAAAUUCCGAUCAUAUUUAUCUCAUUGUUGGAGAAUCUUGUUAUUACACAUGUGUAGGUGUGGGGAUUUUGUAUUUCUGCCCAGUCGACCUUCGCACUGAGUGAGAAAAAUAUACAACGUCCGUAAUUAAGUUUGCACAAUUUUUUAUCUAUCCUGAACUAGGGAAUUCCGUUUGACCUUUGAAGAACCGGUUAUAGCCUUAGUGGUUGCCUAUUUAAUUAUCUCUCGUCAUGAAUCUAAACUGUUUGGUGUAGAAAGUCCAGUAGAUGGUAAUCUUGUGAUCGAGUGAUUUCUGUGACCACUCUUAUCUCAAGAGUUCAUCAGUGAUCGAUUAAAAUACGCUGAGUACGUAGAGGUGAACAGGAAAAACUGUAAACUGAGGGAGUGGAAAUUUAAAUACUCGACUAGUCGCUGAAAUGAAACGUGAUCUGAUGCACUGAUCCAAUCAAACCUGAACUUCAGAUCACUCAGUUCACUUGGUGGAUUGAACAGUUCUUUUUACAUCGAAGACUCGAAAGCAACCGUAUUUAACCGUCAAAAUGGUGAUUUCAAAUAGUGUAAACGAUACAGACACAGAAGAAUUGAAUUCGAAGGGAUUAAAUUUCGUGCUUAAAACGUCUUUUCCGAAGUUUGAAACGGAAUUUCAACACGUGGCAGGAGUCGAACGGAUUUCAAAACAUAUUCAGAACGUUUUGGAGGUGAAAGUGUUCAAGAAGCGUUGGCUCCAGCUUGCGCUAUUCUUUCUUUACAGUGCGAGCAUUCAUAUUCAUGUGUAUCAAUACACGAUCAUCAGCAAUAUAAUAUGCAAAUACUACAACGUCUCUACACUGGCCGUUGAAUGGACUUCGAUUAUUUUCAUGGUGAUGUACUUAAUUCUGAUAAUUCCAUGCUCGUAUUUGAUCAAUCGCAUUGGUCUGAGAUGGUCGAUUCUAGCGGGAGCGACGGUAACGUGUCUCGGAGCAUGGAUAAAAGUUUUUUCAGUAUCUCCGGAUCGUUUCGUCGUGACUUUAAUCGGCCAAGCGAUAAUCGCUGUGUCGCAACCGUUCAUCCAGCCUCUUCCGGGAUUAUUGACUGCCCGUUGGUUCGGCCCGAAACAAACCGCCCUUGCGACUACCAUCGCUUGCUGCGGUAUCACUGUUGGACUUUCCGUUAGCCACUCGAUGACUCCGAUGAUAGUUCAAAAUCGUGAGGGAAUCGACGAAAUCGGGCAAGAUUUGUCGAUCCUUUUCUGGUCUUCCGCUGCAUCCUCUACCGUCAUUGGCGUGGCUUUGUUGUUUCUUUUCCGAGACGGGCCACGUUUACCGCCGAGCGCUUCGAGGGCGCUUCAAAUAGUAAAUGGUGAAGCUGCUAAAACGGAAGAUUACUUACCGUCGAUUAAAAGAAUAUUGAGUAACAAGAAUUACUUAGUACUGUGGAACUCUGACGGCAUAAUUAUGAGUGUUCUGAAUGCAAUAACUGCAAUGCUGAAUCCGCUUUAUCUAGCUCACUUCAGUAAUUGCGAAAAGGAAGUUGGAAAGCUAGGGUUUGCGAUUGUCAUCACGGGAACCGUUGGUUCGCUAACCGUUGCCCUUGUUCUUGACAGGAUUAAGAAAUUCAGAGAGAUCGCGUUUUCCUUGUGCAGUCUCUCUAUCUUGGGGGAAAUUCUGUUCGCUGUGAGCUUGUUCGUUGAAAUCAAAUGGAUGGUAUUCGUCUCCGGUAUAAUGCUUGGGGGUAUAUUGGUCAGUUAUACAGCGAUGGACUACGAAUUGAGCGCUGAAGUAACGUAUCCAGAACCAGAACAUAUCGCCACGGGGCUGCUGUGCGUAUCAGCAAACGUUUACAGUCCUCUGGUAAUUCUGAUCGCCGGAAGUUUGAUGGAAGUCUACGGAGACAAAGCGGCACACGCGUGUUUCAUAUCGCUGCUCAUUCUCGGUACGAUUUUAACUGGUGUUAAUAAGAGCGAACUUCGUCGCCAGAAGGCUGCUGAAUGUGUUGUGAACUACAAGACUGUCCCUCAAAAAGUAUUUACCCAGCCUUCUCAGACUUUCGACGAAACAGUGUGGAAUUUUGAUCCCUGAAAGAGAAGCUCGUUUCACGGAUUGGGAAUUGAAUCAGUUAUUUGUAACAGCUGCAGAGAACUCGGAAUUAUAAUUAUCCGGAUUCGGUUGUAUGUUUUUCAUAGUUAACGGAAGUGCAAUGAUAAGAACGCAUCCAAGACUACUGUGGCACGCAAUGCCAUAUCAUCAACUCGUAUACCUUUGGGAAAAAAUAACCAAUUAUAUACCAAUGA